AUGCAGUCUAAAACCAUCAGAAAAUAUCGACCUCAGGAUUAUUCGCACGAAAAACUUUAUUAUGAUGAUUUCUAUAAGAUAGCCGGGCCAGAUUUUGUUUUCCACCCUACUGACAAUCAAAUUGUUGUAUUGUUCUUGAUCAACAAAAUCAAGAACCAGAAGAUGCCUCUCCAUUGGAUUAAACUCGCUAAUAUAUACGAGAUCGACCCCGAGAAACUUGCUGAUGAAUAUGGGCAGACUACAAUGAAAGUUUGGUACUUGUUUACGUUGGAGAAGGAUUGGGUUUUGUGCAAAAUAUGCAACACUGAGAUUGAUUCAGAAUCAGGAGAAUGGGUUGAAGACCCAGAUUAUGUUCCCGCAGAAGACGAGGAAGAAGCAGAUCCAUGA